AUGCAAUGCAGUAUCACGAUCGCCACCGUCGAGAAGAAACUUGCCACCAAGAUCAAAAAUAUGAAAGGCAAUAAAAGUGAAAAUUUCGGAGUCGUGAUGCGUAUCGUAUCGAUAUUUUUAGUACGCAAAUCAACUGUUACUUUUCCAGGUCUUACAAAUUUAGAUUCUUUGGUUCUUGCUCAUAAUAAAAUCCAAAAAGUACCAGCUCGGGCUUUUGCUCGUAUGACUCAGCUAAAUUCACUUGAAUUGGAAGGAAAUAUGAUAAAUUUCAUUGAUUCAGAUGCAUUUAUUGGAUUAGAAGAAAAUCUGCAAUACUUAAAAUUAGGAGAUAACGAUUUACAUCAAAUCCCAAGCGAUGCUUUGCGACGACUACAUCGCUUAAGGCAUCUUGAUUUGAGAGCAAAUAAUAUAUCUGUCGUAUCUGAAGACGCCUUCACAGGAUAUGGUGAUUCAAUAACUUUCUUGAAUCUCCAAAAAAACACAAUAAAAUUCAUUCCAUCAUCGACUUUUGAAAAUUUAAACUCUCUGGAAAUCUUGAAUCUCCAAAAUAAUAAAUUAUCAAUCCUUUCAGAAGACUUGGUUGAUAGUACAGUUGAUACAUUGAAAGUAAUUGAUAUAACAGAUAACCCACUCGUUUGUGACUGUAAAUUGUAUUGGUUCGUAGCAUGGCUACAAAAUCUCCAAGAAAGUAAUGAGAAAGAAGACUUAAUGUCAAAAAAAAAAACGAUUUGCACUAUGAAAUCAGAACAUAGAGAAUAUCAUUUGCAGAAUAUGCCAGUUUAUGAGAUGGGUUGCUCCCCUUCAGAAAAGUACAAAAAACUUUCAUCGAGUUCAACAACUUACAAAACUAGCACAUUUGUAUUGAUUUCAUUUUUAAUAGCAAUCUAAAUAAUUAAAUAUAGGGGCUAUCAACUUAA